AUCGAUAGAGGAGAGGACCACAGUCACAGCAGAUAAGGCUCGGGAUUUGAUUGACACGGUGAGGAAAAAGGGAGAUAAAGCCUGCAGGAUAAUGAUCCGACACCUUCGGACCAUCGAUCCCGCUCUCUGCUCUGAGCUGUUUGAUCCAUCUGCUCAGCCAGAGACGUCUCAGAGUCCUCAGCACAAACUCAAGUCAAACCUGAAGAGGAGGUUCCAGUGUGUGUUUGAGGGCAUCGCUAAAGCAGGAAACCCCACCCUCCUGAAUGAGAUCUACACAGAGCUCUACAUCACAGAGGGAGGGGCUGCAGAGGUCAAUGAUGAACAUGAGGUCAGACAGAUUGAAACAGCAUCCAGGAAACCACAGAGACCAGAAACUACAAUCAGAUCAGCAGACAUCUUUACACUCCCACCUGGAAGAAAAGCACCAAUCAGAACGGUGCUGACACUGGGAGUGGCUGGCAUUGGGAAAACUGUCCUAACACAGAAGUUCACUCUGGACUGGGCUGAAGGAGAAACCAACCAGGACAUCCAGUUCAUGUUUCCAUUGACUUUCAGAGAGCUGAAUGUGCUGAAAGAGGAAAAGUUCAGCUUGGUGGAACUUGUUCAUCACUUCUUUCCUGAAACCAAAGAAGCAGGAAUCUGCAGCUUUGGAGACUUCCAGGUUGUGUUCAUCUUUGAUGGUCUGGAUGAGAGUCGACUUCUUCUGGACUUCCAAAGAACUACAAUCCUGACUGACCCUAGAAAGUCCACCUCAGUGGAUGUGCUGCUGACAAACCUCAUCAGGGGGAACCUGCUUCCCUCUGCUCACCUCUGGAUAACCACACGACCUGCAGCAGCCAAUCAGAUCCCUCCUGAGUGUGUUGACAUGGUGACAGAGGUCAGAGGGUUCACUGACCCUCAGAAGGAGGAGUACUUCAGGAAGAGAUUCAGAGAUGAGGAGCAGGCCAGCAGGAUCAUCUCCCACAUCAAGACAUCACGAAGCCUCCACAUCAUGUGCCACAUCCCAGUCUUCUGCUGGAUCACUGCUACAGUUCUGGAGUGCAUCAUGAAGACCAGAGAGGAUGAAGAGCUGCCCAAGAGCCUCACAGAGCUGUACAUACGCCUUCUGCUGUUUCACCUAAAAACAAAGAACAUCAAGAGUGAUGAAGAAAGAUCCAGAGAUCCACGCCGCAGUCCAGAGAACAGGAAGAUGAUAGAGGCUCUGGGAAAACUGGCUUUGGAUCAGCUGCAGAAAGGAAACCUGAUCUUCUAUGAAUCAGACCUGACAGAGUGUGGCAUCGAUAUGAGAGCAGCCUCAGUGUACUCAGGAGUGUUCACACAGAUCUUCAAAGCAGACGAGUGUGAAAUGUUCUCAGAAACAGUCUACAGCUUUGUUCAUCUGAGCAUUCAGGAGUUUCUGGCUGCAGUCUUCAUGUUCCACUGUUUCACCAGCAGGAGGACGGAGGUGCUGGAGGACUUCCUGGGAGAUCUUCAUAAUGAUUUUAAUAAUGUUCAUUUUGGUAAUCCAGGAAGGACUCGUCACAUUAAGAAAUCUCUGGGUGAAUCAUCUCUGGAUGUUUUCCUGCAGAGAGUCAUGAAGAAAUCCCUCCAGAGUGAAAAUGGCCACCUGGACCUGUUUGUUCGCUUCUUUCAUGGCCUCUCUCUGGAGUCCAACCAAAGACUCUUAGGAGGUCUGCUGGGUCAGACAGAGAACAGUCCAGAAAUCAUCCAGAGAGUCAUCAAGAACCUGAAGGAGAUGAACAGUUAUGAAAUCUCUCCUGACAGAAGCAUCAACAUCUUCCACUGUCUGAUGGAGAUGAACGACCUCUCAGUACAUCAGGAGAUCCAGAAGUUCCUGAAAUCAGACAAAAAAUCAGGGAAAAGGCUCUCUGAGAUCCACUGCUCAGCUCUGGCCUACAUGCUGCAGAUGUCAGAGGAGGUUCUGGAUGAGUUGAACCUGGAGAACUACAAAGCUUCAAAGCAGGGACGACUGAGACUGAUUCCAGCUGUGAGGAACUGUAGAAAGGCUCGACUGACUCUGUGUCGACUCUCAGAGACUCACUGUGAAGUUGUGGCCUCAGCUCUGAAGUCCAACCCCUCCCAUCUGACACAGCUGGACAUGAGUUACAAUAACCUGCAGGAUUCAGGAGAUUCAGGAGUGAAGCAGCUGUGUGGUUUUCUGGAGAGUCCACGAUGUGUUCUUGAAACUCUGAGAUUGGAGAACUGUGGUUUGUCAGAGAUCAGCUGUGAUUAUCUGGCAGCAGCUCUGAAGUCCAACCCCUCCCAUCUGAGAGAGCUGGACCUGACCUCCAACAAGCUGCAGGAUUCAGGAGUGAAGCAUCUGUGUGGUUUUCUGGAGAGUCCACGAUGUGUUCUUGAAGCUCUGAGAUUGGUGAACUGUGGUUUGUCAAAGAUCAGCUGUGAUUAUCUGGCAGCAGCUCUGAAGUCCAACCCCUCCCAUCUGAGACAGCUGGACCUGAAGGGAAACAAGCUGCAGGAUCCAGAUGUGAAGCAGCUGUCUGAUCUUAAGGAGAGUCCACACUGCAGACUGGAGACACUGCACCUCAGCAGAGACAUCAGCAGACCUUCACUGAUCACCAACCUUUGGUCUCACUUUGGAAACCAGCACAUCUACAACUCCAGUUCCUUCUUCCUCUUGUUCACACUGAUUUAAACUGUGAUCAUCAUGAUGCUCAUCAUUUAGGAUGUGAUUGGACACAGCUGAGAUUGGGAGCUGUGUGGAUGAAGUGGAUCUGUUCAUGAAACCAUUGAACAAAAGUCAUUUUUCAGGAUUUGAUGAUUUCAUGUUUGAACAAACUGAAACUUUCCAUGAUGAA